CAGACGUGAAACUUAUUAGCGGCCUUGUCUGUCUCUCUCAAACAUUUCAAAUUCUCUGUGAAAAAGUAUUUUCGUGCUUUUUGAAUCAGUCGUUCUUAAUUCGAGCUGUGUUACUGACGCGAAAAUAAGAAAAUACAAAAAAAAAUUGAUAGAAGUGAAAUUUUAAAAAUAUUUUUUUUUGUUUAUAAAAAAAGUGAUAAGAAUUCGUGUGAAGAAAUGGACUUAAAAUUUGAAGAUUUAAGUUAUUUCGUGAAUUGUGGAAUUUUUCGAAGAGAUAAAAAACAAAUUAUUAAGAGCAUCAGCGGCGAGUUUAAAGCAUGCGAACUUACAGCAGUGAUGGGUCCAAGUGGGAGUGGGAAAACGACUUUACUUAACAUCCUCAGUGGCUUUAAUACAGAUGAAUUUAGUGGACCAAUCACAGUGAAUAGAGAACCGCGAGAUUUACGAGAAUUCACCAAACAUUCAGCUUAUAUAAUGCAGGAAGAAAAUUUAUUCCCACUUUUAUCAGUACGCGAAUCAAUGUCAUUUGCUGUAAAAUUUAAGACUGGAAUUAAAUUGACAAAAAAAGAACAAGAAGCAAAAGUUGAAAGUACGCUGCGAAUGCUAAAAUUAGAAAAUACAGACACAUUCAUACAGUCUUUAAGUGGUGGUCAGCGAAAGCGAAUCUCUAUAGCCAUUGAGCUCCUCAACGAUCCACAAAUCAUUUUUCUUGAUGAAUGUACCACCGGACUUGAUUCAUUUGCAGCAUCUCAAUGCCUAGGGCUUUUGAAAGAAAUAGCAAGAACUGGUCGAACUGUGAUAUGCACAAUCCAUCAACCAUCUGCAAGACAAUUUGAAAUGUUUGAUCAGCUAUAUGUGAUUGCAGAGGGAAGCUGCAUUUUCAAUGGACCUGUGAGCUGUUUGGUCCCAUUUCUCAAAGAAUGUGAGAUUCCAUGUCCAAGUUCAUACAAUCCUGCAGAUUAUGUAAUUGAAGUAGCAAGCAAUGACUAUGGUCCACACAACAAUAGACUUCGGAAACAGAUUGAAAAUGGGAAAAUUAAUUUUGAGAAAAAUUGGAUAGAGAUGAAGAAUAAUAACUUAAAUAAUAAUGAUAGUAACAAUAAUCUCAAUAAUAAUAAUUAUAUUUGCCACCAACAUUGGAACCCAAAUAGUAUCGAUGACUCAAAAUACUCAUCCUCAUUCCUGCGUCAACUGAAAUUACUUUUAUUAAGGAACUUCCUCUUCAUGUAUCGUGACAAAACUUAUAUGCAGCUUCGAUUAGGAAUGUCAAUAUUUUUAUCAUUACUCAUUGGUGGAUUAUACUUUCAAAUUGGAUAUGAUGCAUCAAAUAUGAUCAGUAGUUUUCAAUUUGUCAUGUGCAGCGUGUAUAUUCAAACUUAUACAGCAUAUUUCUCAAUGAUGGUGAGAUUUCCUCUUGAUUAUGCAAUAGUAAAACGUGAGCAUUUCAAUCGUCACUACUCGAGUAUGGCGUAUUAUUUAGCAUUUAACUUAGCAGACAGUCCAUUAUUAAUCGUCUGUUCAUUAUCAUCAAAUAUUCUUGCUUACGCAAUGGCUGGAAUGCCUCUGGAAUUUUAUAGAGUUUCUUUAGUUGCUGUAAUUGGAGUGCUGACAUCGUUUUCGGCUCAAAUAUUUGGAAUUUUUUGUGGAUCGAUGUCAAAUGUUGUGAUAACAGUAGUAAUAGCGAUACCCAUAAUGAUAUGGCAUGUAACAUUCUGUGGCGGCUUUGUGUUCCAAAAAGAUGCUUCACCUCUUCUGCAGUGGAAUUAUGAAAUUGAUUUUCUAAAACACGCAGCAGAUGGUGUGGCUACUGCCGUUUUUGGUUGGGAUCGUGAGAAGCUUCCGUGUAGUAAAAUGUAUUGUCAUUUUCAAAGACCCGCAGAUCUGCUUAAAAAUCUCCAGAUAAGUCAAAAUGUUUAUAAAAUAUUUAUCUCAGUAUCAAUCAUUCUUGGUGCUUUACACUUAGUUACGUAUUUUAAUAUGAAAUAUAGAUUAAAGAAAUGAAGAAUUGUAAAAUUAUUUAUUUUAAAUUAAAUAAAAAAAUAGGGAUCUGAUUUUU